CGGGCACCUUGGGCUUCCUUGACAACGUACGUCUAAAUUAUUGCCGUUCUUUUUCCCUAACACAAAAUGGACAAAAUGGCAAUGGAGAAGAAAAUACUUACAGGACACUCUCCAGUUAAUCAGUAUGAGUUACUGACUCUGGAGCAAUCCAAGCAAGGAGUGACAGAAGAACGAAUGAUCUUGGCAUUCCAAGCAUUUGAUGAACUGGUUCCACAACUUGGAGUAUUUUCCAGAAUUUUCCAAAAACUGAGGGAUGAUUUCUUCGCUGCAGUGUACAGUGAUGAACUGACCAGUAGUGAAAACAAGGAUGAAAAAGAGGAGGAGUACAUUCAGAGAAUUCCAUAUUUUGUCCUUGUGAAACGGGUUUAUAGCGAACGGCAUGAGACUGGUGAAGAACUCAAAGAACAACUUGAUGUUGUGAAGGAAAGAUUGUUUGAUAAACACAAGCAGCUUGAAGAGAGUCAGAAGGAAGUUUCUGAGUUGCAUCAGCAGAUCACAGAACUCAAUCAGCAGAUUAAAGAACUGGAAAAAGUUGUAGCCAACCGAGAGAAAGAAAUUGUCAGACUUCAGGGUGUCCUCCAGGCUACAGUGGCCAAAGCAGCAGACAAACAGCAUCACCUGGAUUGUACGAUCCUAGAACUCAAGGAUGAUGUUGCAGAAGCUACUGCACAGAUUGAAUUCUUAUCAAAAUUCAAGAAAGGAUAUGAUGACCUGUAUAAUGCUUUUGUUGAGUAUCCUGAAGAUGAGUAUGGAGAACCCAAGCAGAAAAUGAAAGCAGUUGUAUCAACAAAAAGGGCAAACCUGAUUAGCAAUAUUAAAAAUUGCCAGAAACUGGAAGAACAGAUCCUAACUGUUAUGAACAUCACACUUGAAGAGUUCGAACAGUCCCUAGAAUCACACAAGGCUGAGCUGGAGGAGAAGGUGAUGCAUGAUGACAUCACCGAGACAGAGAUUGAAAUCCAGGAGAUAGAAAUAGACCAGGCCGACCAGCAGCUGCAAGAAGUUCAGGAAAGAUUCAAACAUACAGUUGGUGAUUUGAUGACAGAACUGGAGUUGUUACGACAACACAACACAAUGCUGAUGGAGCAGUUGCAAACACUGGAGGAAAACAGACCAAGUAUUCCUACAAAAAAGGAAUCAAAGAAAAAUUCUGCAAAACAAGAUUCAAUUUUGUCGGUUGGCCUGGGAGAUGAUGAUGAUGAUGAUGAUGCUAUGGUGGAUCCAUUCAUUCCUCAGGAGCGGGUCUUCAGCAAGUACGCAGUAAUGGCCUACACCUCAAACAACCAGGGCAAGACGUUUGAUGAGUUCAAAGAUGCCAAGUACUGUCCUAGCUGUGGGGAGAAGACUGUUAUCUGCCCUCAUAAACUGGGUGGAUCAAAGAAGAUUAUUGUUCUACCUCACAACUGCUCUCACAUCAAAUUCACUCGACCAAUGGUUCGUAUCAACAAAGAAUUACUGAAAGGAGUUUUGAAACCAUUAAGUCCAGACAACUCUGUUGACUUGAUGCAUGAUUCAAUGGUCGACUCCGAGGCGAGCAACGGCUACAGCCCGAUGCAGCAGGAUACGACUCCUACCCCUCGAACCAUCGGAGGAAGUAUGAGUCUAGGCGCAAGUGAGGCCAGCUUGGUUCACAACAUGCAAACAUUGUGGGAUGAUUAUUCUCACAGAACCAACUUAGAGCGGAUGAUACCCAGACAUCUUUCUCUUAAACGAACACUUUCAAUGAUAGAACAGUUCCUUGCCUUUCUGGUCAAUCAAGAUGAAUAUGGAGAAGAUGAAGAAGGGUAUUUUUCAAUUCUGGACAACUUGUAUCGUUUCUUGACAGAACGGUAUCUGGUGGAAGAAAUCAUCUACCUAGCAGCUCAUGACUUCCUGUCUGCCAUCAUUGAAUUUGCUACUUCUCACAAGCUGAUUCAACUGUUGAGUCACGUGCUGGCAGGAAACAUGGAUGCGUCCUGUCUGCGAUAUAUACUCAUGAUGGCAGACUUCAUGAAAGACAUCGACUGGAAAGAAGUGGAAGAUUUCAGAGCAUUUGCUUCUGCUGUUUAUCCUUUUCUCGGAGAAGAUGACCUUGAAAGUUUGCAGAUGAGUUACCAGUCAUUCAGUGAGAACCGCAUUUCUGCAUUGUUGGUGUUCAACUACAUCAUCCAUAUCAUCCUCAAGUACAGGGAGCCGCGGUUUCUUGAGCUUGAAAACAAGAUUGUUCCUUUCCAAAACCAAAGGCCUGGCUACUUAACCGAGAGGGAGUACAAGGAUGCCUUGGACAACUUCCUGCCGCUGUGUAAUGAAAAGCUACAGAGGAGACUGUAUCUGGAGUCCGAGAAAUCCUCCAAUGCCGAGGGGGAAGAAGGCAUCUCCAUAACAAGAGUGGCUCAGAUAUCUGGUUUUCUUGCGUUGUCCCAGAUCACAAACAUAAUAAAGGACAACGUGUUUGUAAGGAUUGCAGAGUGGCGAGAACGACCAUCAAGCACAGACCUUGUCAAACCAUCAGGUGAACUGAAGCCUGUGUCACACAGCAGCGAUGACCGGCUGAUUACCAUGCACGAGAUCAAGAUUCUCGCUUCAAACAUCUCCAGGGAAGUGAAACAUCGGCAACAACGUCUGCUUACAGAAAGUGAGAGUGAAUGGUAACCCAAGUCCUUUAUUACAACCAAAACAAUGAACUGUGAUAUUUCUGUGCACUUUGUAUUGACUUGUAUAAAAAACAUUUUAAUACUGAAUUUUGGAGAUUGGUAACCAAAGUCCUUUAUUACAACCAAAUCAAUGAACUGUGAUAUUUCUGAUAUUAUUGACUUGUAUAAACAUUUUAAUACAGAA